AUGGACCAUGGUUAUCUCGGACACGCGUCGCCAACCUCGCAGAUUCGUCGCUCGCUGAACAUCGCGUACGUCUCCCCUCUCCUCUCCUCCUGCCCCCGACUUUCACCCUCAGUAGCCACUCAGACUGACUGUACUUGCGCCCUGCACAGCCUCGUGUCCGACUACUUCUAUCCCAAGGCCGGCGGCGUCGAGAGCCACAUCUACGCCGUCGCUCAGUCCCUCGCCAAGCGCGACCAUCGUGUUGUCGUCGUCACGCAUGCGUACCCGCCUCGAAACGGCGUACGCUGGCUGCCCAACGGCGUCAAGGUCUACUACAUCCCCGUCCAGCCGCUUCCUCCCACCCACGUCCACGCGACCUUGCCCAACUUCUUCACCGCCAUCCCGCACCUUCGCUCCAUCUUUGUGCGCGAGUCGAUCGACAUCGUGCACGCGCACGCCUCGCUCAGCGCGCUCGGCAUGGAGGCCAUCAUGCACGCACGCGCCAUGGGCAUUCGCGCCGUCUUUACCGACCACUCGCUGUUCGGGCUCGGCAACAUGGCCGAGAUCUGGGGCAACAAGAUGCUCAAGGGCUGCCUCAGCGACGUCGAGGCCGUCAUCUGCGUCUCGCACACCGGCAAGGAGAACACGGUCCUUCGAGGCGCCCUCAACCCGUCCAUCGUUCACGUCAUCCCCAACGCCGUCGUCGCCUCGCAGUUCCGCCCUGCCGAGCCCGUUCCUCCAGUACCCGACAUCUUGAACAUCGUGUGCAUCUCGCGCCUCGUGUACCGCAAGGGCAUCGACCUCCUCAUCGCGGCGCUGCCCAAAGUCUGCGCCCUGCACUCGGACGUGCGCUUCCUCAUCGGAGGAGACGGGCCCAAGAUUGUCGAGCUCGACCAGAUGCGCGACAAGUACCAGACGCUUCUGCGCGACCGAGUCGACCUCCUCGGCCCAGUCAAGCACGAGGAAGUGCGCGGUCUUCUCGCCCGCGCCCAGAUCUUCCUCAACCCGUCGCUCACCGAGGCGUUCGGGAUCGGCAUCCUCGAGGCGGCGUGUGCGGGCCUGUUCGUCGUCUCGACGCGCGUCGGCGGCGUGCCCGAGGUGCUGCCGCCGGGGCUCGUCGAGUUUGCCGAGCCGGACGUCGACGACCUCGUGCGGGCCAUCUCGCGCGCCAUCACGCACGUGCGCUCGGGCGCGCACGACCCGCUCGCGGCGCACGCCCAGCUCGCGACCGUCUACUCGUGGAACGACGUCGCCGAGCGCACCGAGCGCGUGUAC